CUAAAAUCCUAGAGCGGCUCCCAGGGAUGGGUGGGGAGGUUGCUUCCUUCUUCCUCAGAGUACAGCGGCCGCAGCUGAGGCUUUCGACAUGUUGUUCUCUGCCUCUCCACCCCACAUUGAGAGGACCUCCCUUCAUAGCCAGAUGUGGGAUCCGUCUAUGAAGAGGGAAACUAAGUUCUCUGAGAUUGAAAGAGCUCCACUGAAGGCAGGACAGCAUGCCCAAGCCCAGGCCCACGAAGCCCUCUCAUUUGUCAAUGAAAGGAGUGCGUUGAUCUGCUCUCUUUGCACUUGUGUGGAAACAGCUGUUGCACCUCCAGUCCAGUCUCCAGUUUCCUUUGAGGAGGUGACCAUGUGUUUCACCGAGGCAGAGUGGGCCCUGCUGGAUCCAGAGCAAAGAGCUCUCUAUGUGGAAGUCAUGCUGGAGAACUACAAGAGUGUGGCCUCUUUGGCCAGUGAAGAGAGAGCGUUGAUCUGCUCUCUUUGCACUUGUGUGAAAACAGCUGUUGCACCUCCAGUCCAGUCUCCAGUUUCCUUUGAGGAGGUGGCCAUAUAUUUCACCGAGGCAGAGUGGGCCCUGCUGGAUCCAGAGCAAAGAGCUCUCUAUGUGGAAGUCAUGCUGGAGAACUACAAGAGUGUGGCCUCUUUGGCAGGACAUGUAGAGGAUAUGGUUGGGGGAUUCCAGUGGUUCUCUGGUGAAGAAGACAAGGAUGAAGGCUCUGAAGGAACCAUUGGGAAUAGAGAUGGGCCUGAGAGGCAAAUGAAUCAGGCAGUCAAGAGGAUGGAUAAGCCCAUUCUUCUUCAAGGAAAAGCUUUCUGUGAAAUCCCAGUUCAAGAAGGGACAAGCCAAACAAGAAGGAAUGAAAUCCUCCAUGCUAACCAUAAAAUUCACUGUAGUGAAAACAGAAAGGAGAAUGUGGUCUUUAGAAAGACCUUCAAUAAGAACGUGAGUGUUAUUUCCAGGAGGCAAAGUCUCACAGGGAAAAAAGCACAUGAUUGGAUAGAGUGCGGAAAGCCCUUCAGUGGGAAAUCAACCCUUACAUCGCUUCAAAGAAUUCACUCAGGGAAUGAGCAGAGGAAUGAGAGUGGUGAGGAAGUGCAUCUUCUAUUGCCAGAUAAGGUAAAAAAUGAAGAUUGGAAAGACAACAUCAUGAAUCAAAGUGGACCGAACAGACAGAAAGGAAGUGACAUGGUCAGAAAGAGGAAUAAACCCAUUCCUGACCAAGCACAGGAUGUUUGUGAAAUAAUCCACACGGUGGAGGAAGCAUGUAAGUGUUUUAAGUGUGGAAUGAAUUUCUCAGAUCAAAACCAAUACAAAAUCCAUUUGCAAAUACACUGUGGAAUGAAAACCCAUCAAUGCUUGGAGAGUGGAAAGAACAUCCUUGUCAAACCAGAGCUCCUUGGCCAUCAAAGAACACAUCAAGAAGAGAAACAUAAAUUUUCAGAUAGUGGCAAGAGCAUCUCACAAAAAUCAGACCAUGUUCAACAUGAAAGGAUUCAUUCAGGAGAGAAACCAUUAAUCUGCUUAGAGAGUGGAGUGACCUUUGCAGACAGAGGAAAGGGAAAUGUUCUUAUUUUGAAGCACACCAUAAUGAAGGCACAUAAACGAUUUCGUUGUAGAAAGUACAUGAAGUACAGAUCACAGCUCCUUGUGCACCAAAAAAAAAACAUAGGGGAGAAAUCUUUUGAAUGCUCCGAGUGUGGAAAGAGGUUCAGUCAUAGUGGCAAUUUUAAAAUGCAUCAAAGAACUCACACAGGGGAGAAACCUUUUGAAUGCUUGGAAUGUGGAAAGAGAUUCAGUUGCAGUGGAAGUCUUCCAAGGCAUCAAAGAACCCACACAGGGGAGAAACCUUUUGAAUGCUCUGAUUGUGGAAAGAGAUUCAGUCGUAGUGGAGGUCUUAAAAUGCACCAAAGAAUCCACACAGGGGAGAAACCAUUUGAAUGCUCUGAGUGUGGUAAGAGAUGUAGUCAAAGUAGCAAUCUUCAUCAACAUCAAAGGAUACAUACAGGGGAGAAACGUUUUGAAUGCUCCGAGUGUGGAAAGAGAUUCAGUUGCAAUGGGGAACUUCAAAUGCAUCAAAGAAUCCAUACGGGAGAGAAACCUUUUGAAUGCUCAGUGUGUGGAAAGAGAUUUUGUCGCAAUGGAAGUCUUCAAAUGCAUCAAGGAACUCACACAGGGGAGAAACCUUUUGAAUGCUGCGAUUGUGGAAAGAGAUUCAGUCGCAGUGGCAGUCUUUUAAUACAUCAAAGGAUCCACACUGGGGAGAAACCUUUUGAAUGCUCAGAAUGUGGACUGAGAUUCAGUCACAGUGGCAAUUUUCAAAUGCAUCAAAAAACACAUACAGGGGUGAAACCUUUUGAAUGUUCAGAGUGUGGAAAGAAAUUCAUUCGCAGUAGUCAUCUUCAACAACAUCAAAGAACCCAUACAGGGGAAAAACCUUUUCCAUGCUCAGAGUGUGGAAAGAGAUUUAGUCGGAGUGAUUGUCUUCGAAAGCAUCAAAGAACCCACACAGGGGAGAAACCUUUUCCAUGCUCAGAGUGUGGAAAGAGAUACACCUGGAGUUCUCAGCUUAUUAAACAUAAGCGUAUCCACAGUGGGGAGAAGCCAUACAAAUGCUUGCAGUGUGAAAAAAGCUUUGCUCAGAGUUCACACCUUACUAAACAUCAUCGUACCCAUACUGGGGAGAAACCAUAUAAAUGUUUGGAAUGUGGAAAGAGUUUUGCUCGAAGUGACAACCUAGCUGCUCAUCGACAAAUCCACUCUGGGGAUAAGCCAUAUAAAUGCUUUGAGUGUGGAAAGAACUUUGCUCGGCGUUCCCAACUAACUAACCAUCAACGUGUCCACUCCAGAGAGAAACGAUAUAAAUGCUUGGAGUGUGGAAAGAGUUUUGUUCGGAAUUCGCAGCUUACUAAACAUCAAUAUAUCCACACUGGCCAAAAACCAUAUAAAUGCUUAGAGUGUGCAAAGAGCUUUGCUCGGAGUGGCAGCCUAGAUGUCCAUCAACGGAUCCACACUGGGGAGAAACCAUAUAAAUGCUUAGAGUGUGGAAAGAGUUUUGCUCGGAGUUCACUCGUUAGUGCCCACCAGCAUAUCCACACUGGGGAGAAACCGCAUAAAUGCUUGGAGUGUGGAAAGAGCUUUGUUUGGACUUCACAGUUUACUAUACAUCAACGUACACACUCUGGGGAGAAACCAUAUAAAUGUUUGGAGUGUGGAAAGAGCUUUUGUUGCAGUUCAGACCUUACUAUACAUCAUCGUAUUCACACUGGCGAGAAACCAUAUAAAUGCUUGGAGUGUGAAAAGACCUUCAUUCAGAGCAAAGAUCUUAGGGCUCAUCAGCACGUCCACACUGGGGAGGAACCACAUAAAUGCUUGGUGUGUGGGAAGAGCUUUCGUUGGCGUUCACAGCGUACUAGACAUCAACGUAGCCACACUGGGGAGAAACCACAUAAAUGUUUGGUGUGUGGAAAGAGCUUUGCUCAGAGUUCACAGCUUACUACCCAUCAAGAUAUCCACUCUUGGUAGAAAUCAUGUGAAUGUGUUCAAUUUUCAGUAAUAUUUGAAGUAAAGUUUAUUAGGAAAUGUGAAGUAUUUGUCCUUCCCCCUGAAGACAUUCGUACCUAAUAUUAAAUUACAUUAUCAAGCA